ACGUGCAAGUCAAAGGUCGCUUUAUCUCUCUCACACCCAAGAACACAGACACACACAGAACUCGGCCAUUAAAGUUAUCUUAUGUAAUUGCAGCAGCAGCAGUCAGUGGAAGUAAUUGCAAGUUAGAAGUGCCAAACAAGGUAAGACAGCGACAUCUCCAACAUACGCCUGCCCCAUUCUAUUUAGUAAUUUGCGGCUGCCACAACUCUCCUCUCAUCAAAUUAUCAAUAGAUCGAUGCUGGUUUCAACUGCACCACCACCAUCCUCAUUUUCUUUCUCGCUUGGAUGCUCCAACUGCCUGAGAUGUCAUGUUGAACCCAUGAUCUGCUCAAUGUCACAUGGAUUAUCUUGCAGUUCGAUUAAGACACCGUUUGAGCUUCAAAGAGUUUCUCAGUAUUCAGGCUUGAGAAGGGACCAUAUCUUUGGGAGUGCUCAGUUUCACUGGUCGCUUCAGGGGCGUGAUAUUUGUGUUUCACAAGUUUCAGUAGCUGCUGAUUAUUCAGAUUCAGUCCCUGAUUCAUCUAGUUAUGCUACCAGUUAUCAUCCACUUGAGGAGUUGAGAGAUAAUGGGCGUGCUCGUGAUGCAAUGCCUACAUCUGCUGAGAUUGCCAGGACUGCCGUCGAGGCUAACAGCAAGGCAUUGUUGAUAUUCCCUAGUAGUGUGCACUAUGAGCCACAUGAACAAAUCUCGUGGGCUGAAUUCGACUACGUUAUUGAUGACUUUGGAGAUAUAUUUUUUGAGGUUCAUGACAGUCAAAACAUCUUGCAAGAUCAUGGAGCUAGUAAUCCUGUGACCGCUUUAAUUGGAAUGGACAUCUCAUACUACGAGAGCAGGAAAAUGGAUCUUUUAGAUGACAUCUUGGACUUUGAUAGUGGAGAUGAUGAUUUGUUUGCUGAUGACUACUUUGAAGUAGAUGAACCUAAUAAGGCUGGCAUUUGGAACGAUUGGGGGAUGUCUGAGAAUUCCAACUGGACGCAUCCAGUUUACUUUGCCAAGUGCUUGUCAAAGGCUAUUAAUGUUGAACAUACUAAAAAGAUGGAUCGCCCAUCCAAUGGUGUUGCUGUAUGGGGGUUUCUCAAGCCUACUUUCAUAGAUGAAGAGUUUUACCUCCGACGUCUCUUCCAUGAUGAAGAAAGUGAUAGUGACACCUCAGACUGCAAAGAUGAAGAUAUCAGGAGCUACAGUACAAAGGAUGAUGGAAGAUGUGGUAGGUCAACCAUCUAUAGAUUGGACAUCGCAAAGAUUGAACUAUUCUCGGUCUACGGUAUUCAGUCAAUGAUUGGUGUUCAGGAUUUUCAGUAUGCCGAGCCUGACAUUCUUGUGCACUCAAACCCAUCCAUUCUAGAGCGAUUUGUUCAGACCGGAACAAGGUGCAGUGUUGCUCUUAAAGCACUUUGCAAAAAGAAAGGGCUAUAUGUUGAGGUUGCAAAUCUAAUUGGAGUUGACAGCCUCGGCAUGGAUGUUAGAGUGUUUUCAGGAACAGAAGUACGGACACAUCGUUUUUCCUUCAAAACCCGGGCGACUUCAGAGUGUGCUGCAGAUAAACAGAUUCAGCAGCUCUUGUUUCCGAGGGCGAGGCGAAAAAAGUUAAAGACUCUCGAUAAACCUAGAGAUGAUCCAUACUGAGUGAGAUAUGGUAUUUAUUUUAGAGUGUUUUCAAUUUUGAGGCUGGAAUAAUUUCAGGAAAUAAAGCUAAUGCAAAAGCUUAUUAAUUAACAUAUUUUGGUUUUAAGAGUCUAUAUAAUCUUAAUUCUUGUUGCUUA